AGUUCUCCUGUGGAUGUGAGAUCUCCAGCAUUUUCAGCGCACUUGGCUGGCCUACCUCCACCCCCUGGGAGCCUUUGAGGAACGCAGGCUGGCCUAGCCUGUGUUAUCUCGUCCUACCAUCGACACCUCCGUACUAAUCUGUCGUCAUGGGCUCCAUGGCAUCCCAUCCUUUUUUCAAUUUUUGACUGUCGUUCUUUUUCAUUUUACAUACAUCAAUGUUCAUUAAUAAAUAAGAUCAGUACAUAUUUUCGUCGUUCCUCUACCAGUCCAUUCUUCUUCAGUUCAGUCGAUCUUUUCACCACAUAGCAAAAAUGUUGCGCUGGUAUGCCGCGAGAAUGGCCCAGCGGCCACUGCUCACCUCGAGCAUUACCACAGCUACACUCUUCGGAGCCGGAGAUGUGCUAGCUCAGCAGGCUGUUGAUAGGAAGGGUUUUGAUAAGCAUGAUUAUGCUCGAACGGGUCGCAUGGUUCUCUACGGAGGAGCCAUCUUCGGUCCUGCCGCCUCUGCCUGGUACAGCGUCCUCCAACGUCACGUUGUCCUAAAGAGCACCGCUGCCACAGUCGUUGCUCGUGUCGCCGCCGAUCAGCUCCUCUUCACACCUGUCAACUUGUUCUGUUUCUUGUCUUCCAUGUCCAUCAUGGAAGGUACCGAUCCUAUGGAGAAGUUGCGCAAGGCUUACUGGCCCACAUAUAAGACGAACUUGGGAGUUUGGUCAACCGUCCAAUUGGGCAAUUUUGCCCUUGUGCCACUGGAGUACCGGGUUUUGGUUGUUAAUGUGGUCAGUUUGGGAUGGAACUGUUAUUUGAGCUUUGUCAACAGCAAGGCUUGAUUGUUAUAUUUGUCACAUUUAGCGAAAAUAUGUUCAGGGACAGGACAUUGGGUUAUAUUGGUCUGGUUGCAAUGUCAAUUACAUAACUUUCAUAGACAUAGAUGGUUUGUUUGGUAUGCAAUGGUUAAUCUUUC